CGAAUAUUUUUAGAAGCACGUCAGUGACGUUGCUAUUGUUUUUAAAAGCGCGUCAGUGACGCUGCUAUUGUUUUAAAAAGCGCGUUAGUGGUGCUGCGAAAAUGUAUCGGUAGACAAUAUUUGUGAACACGAGAGCACUACAUCAUUCUCAAAAUUGACCUGGAAACUAAACUAUUGUUGGCGAUGCUAUUAAUUAAAAAAAAAGAAACGUAAAAAUACACCGAGAAGAUUCUGGGUGAAGCCAUUGCUUCUAGAAAGACCGAACAAAGGAUUAUUUUAUACACUGUUUGAUGACUUGGAAGGAGAUGAUGAAAAAUUCUUCUCAUAUUUUCGUAUGUCGAAGAAUACAUUCAAAAAACUUUUAUCUGGUAUCAAAAAUAAUAUAAGGAAACAAGAUACUGUCAUGAGGAAGUCCAUUCCUCCGAAUGAAAAACUAGCUUUAACUCUGAGAUAUCUCGGGUCUGGAUACACGAUGAGCGAUCUUCACAUCGAUUAUCGCAUUAGAUUAUCAACAAUAUCUAACAUUGUUCGAGAAGUGUGCGAAUCUCUCUGGGCCACAUUUAAAAAAAGUUGUUUCCCUACAAUCACGGAAGAACUACUAGCAAAAGUUGCUACAGAAUUUGAAGAACGAGCUAAUUUUCCACACGUUAUUGGAGCCAUCGAUGGGAAACAUAUUCAAGUAAUUAAGCCAAAGGGCAGUGCAUCAAUGAACUUCAAUUAUAAACAUUUUUUUUCCAUUCUCUUACUGGCAGCGUGUGAUUCAAAUUACAAAUUUUUAUACAUUGACGUAGGAGCACCAGGAAAAUCAAGUGAUUCAACAACUUUUAAAAACUCAACGCUAUAUAAAUUGUUAAAAACUAACAAAAUUAAAUUACCACCACCCAAACCUGUGGACAAUUCUCAACCAGGAAAUGCAACCAAAUGCGUUCGAACAGAACUUAUUGAUUUUUUUAUGAAAGAGGGACAAGUAUCGUGGCAAAUGAAAAAAAUAUAAAUUUAUUUUAUUUUAUUCA